AAAGAGGGGCGAUGGACGGAGGUCGAGAGUCGCGGGUUGGCUCACUCUGCGGCUCCCGCCGCUCGGGAGCAGACACGCGGGGCCAAAGACUAAUUUGAACCUAUUUUAUUAACAAAACAAAAACAUACAUAUUUGUAAAUAACACUAAAUAACACGCAAAAAUCAAAUACACAACCAACGUCUCCUUCAAAAGAAACGUCUCUCUGUACCUACUCUACAAAGACAAGAUAUUUCUUCACCAACCAACCAACCAACAACAACAACAUCAACAAAGAAAGAACGAAAAGAAACUCUUAGGCCUCUGUAAAGACAACAACAGCAACCAACAACAUCCAACAACAAAACAAAAAUACAAGAACACGGAACGCGAAAUACGAGACAAAAACGUAGAAACUAUUUCCAGUCCCUUGUAAAAGCCGUCGUUGCGAAGCCCGGAUACGCGUGGAGAAGGACACGAGGAUAAGGGAUACUUGAGGGAGGAGAGAGGUGAGAGAGAGCGAGAGAGAAAGAGAGAGAGAGAGAAAGAGAGAGAGGGACAGGGCAGUCAGUGAGGGGGCGAGAAGAGAGAGAGAGAGAGUAAGAGUAAGAGUAAGAGUAAGAGAGAGAGAGGACCGUCUAUUUUCGGGAGUUACCACUGGUUCGCGAGGAGGAAGGAAAGAGUGGCACGAGGGAUCGAAGGGUGAAGUAACAGCAAGAAGGGCAAUCGAGGAACCGCACGUGAAGAGAGGAUGCAAGGGCCGAGGAAGUCGUGAAGGGCGAUCGCGGGCGAAAUAUCUCGUUUUUAAGUUUCUCUCUAUACUCUGUGUGACCCUUACAUUAUUUUGUCCCUCCGACAGGGACGGGUUCGGUGUUGUAACUUAGGAUAUAAGAAGAACAAAGAGCUCCGGAACGCACAACCAUAAAACGAAAUCCGUGGAGGAGGAGGUGAAGGAGGAGGAGAAUAGAAGAAAAGAAAAGGAAGCCAGAGGAGAGAAACGCGAGAGAAAGGGAAAGAGAGCGAGGGAAAGAGAUAGAUCGAGAGUGUGUGUUUGCCUGCACGAGAUAUAGGAAGAGAGGAAAAAGAGGUCGACAGAGGGAGAGGAGACGGUAAAUCCAGGGAAAGCGAAAAGGGCCAAGGCGAUUGUAACGAGGCAAGGGAAACAAGGUCGGACCGGAGAGAAGAGAGAGAGCCGAGGCAGACGGCCAAGAAAAGAGCGGAAUAGAAGAAGGAGCGUUGUUCCGUUAGAAGAGAGAAAGAGAGAAAGAAAGAGAGAGUGAGAGAGAGAGAAAGAGAGAGAGAGGAGAGAGCGUGUAUAAAAUAUUAUCGAGGCUGCAGUUUUUUAUACUUGUACGAGCGAGUACGUCCUAGGAGAGGAGAGCCCCGAGAAGAGAAGAGGAGAGGAGGACGAGCAAACGAGCAGGAGAAGAGACAGCAGCGGGUUUCCGAGGCUCGAGGUUCGAGGUUCGAGGGUUCGCGGGACCGUUUUCCACGCGCCCGACCCUCCACGUGUGCCGCGCGUGACUCUCUGUGACUCUCGGCUUCUCCUUCGUUCUUCUUCUCGCUCGUUUGUCUUUGGUAUUUCGCGGCGAGGCGAGUCGAGGCGAGUCGAGGCGAGUCGAGGCGAGGCGGGAGGGGGGCUUGUCUUUUCGGAUUGACCGCGAGGAUCGGGAGACCGCGGAGAGAGACAGUUGUCGACAGGACAAGCUGGCUCGCGUACACGAUCCUGCGGGGGAUAUGCCUUGCCGUUCUAAGGGGAACCACCACCCACGUGCACGAGCCUCACGCAGAGGGCAACGUCAAGCGAGUCGUGUUUCCAUCCUAGAACCCGGCAGCAAACUCUCCUGACAAAAGGAGUGCCGUCGCAGCUUGUCACGGUCGGGGAUCGCGAGCGCCGACCACUGUCGAGUCGCCAUAUCAGCCGCACGCUCGUCGAAGCGCACGAGGAGCCCGGGGAUGCCAGCGAGGGGAGCGCAGCAGCGAUCGCGGUUAGCGUACGUCCAAGGACGAUGACGAUCGGCCACGAUCGGUAAGAUCCAGGAAGCGGUCGCUCGAACGAGCGCCACGGAAAUGGCGGGCUACAAUCAUUCGAACCCGCAGCGUGUCGUCUAUCACGCGACCUACCCGACGCCGCUCGCACCAAAUGGGGACCCGAUAAAACUUCCGGAAAAUUUGGAGACCUUGCCACGGGCCGAGCAUUUCCCGACCCAGAGGCACCGAUGGAACACCAACGAGGAAAUCGCGGCCAUCCUAAUCAGUUUCCAAAGGCACGCGGAAUGGCAGAGUCGGGAGGUGAAGGUGCGACCUCGAAGCGGGUCGAUGUUACUGUACUCGAGAAAGAAGGUCCGUUACCGGAGGGACGGUUACUGCUGGAAGAAGAGAAAGGACGGGAAGACGACGCGGGAGGAUCACAUGAAACUGAAGGUCCAGGGGGUCGAGUGCAUCUACGGCUGUUACGUGCACUCGGCGAUCCUUCCGACGUUUCAUCGGCGAUGCUACUGGCUACUGCAGAACCCGGACGUCGUUCUCGUUCACUACUUAAACGUUCCUUAUCCGGACGGCGAUGCGAAGCUAGCUGCGCUGCCUCCCUGUCUCGCGCUCCCGCCAGACAAGAAGGAAUGGACAAGAGACGAGCUGGCUUCUCAACUUAGACCCAUGUUCCUCGGUGGGGAUGACGAUCCGAACAAUCCUCAUCUCACCCAACACUCGAAUCAUCCCGUCGACAUGAUCGUUUCGCAGCUGCUGGACAGGCAGCGGGCGAACUCCACUUCCUCCACCACCGGCACACAGCUUGCACCUAGGAGACUAACACCGGACAAUCAGGUAACUUCGACUACCGGAGGUCAGCAAUCAUCGACGACAGCGUCGCCGGCUCCGCGCGUCUACUCGAGACAUUACCAUACGACGCAAAGCCAGCAGCCGGCUCCCCUAGUGUUAAGUUUGCAACAAAUCCAAGGCGGCGGCGGUCUUCUGAUUCUGAACAGCCAACCGUACCACCACCAGCAGCAGCAGCAACAGCAGCAGCAGCAACAACAGCAGCAGCAACAGCAACAGCAGCAACAACAGCAGCAGCAGCAGCAGCAACAGCAGCAGCAGCAACAGCAGCAACAACAGCAGCAGCAACAGAGCCAACAAGUGGAGAUGCAACAGGUCACGGAACAGCAGAUAGUGCAGCAGACCAGCGUCGACAGGGAGCAACAGAUCAAGCAGGAGAUCGACGCGCAGGAGAGCAUGGAUCGCACCGCGGUGCAGGCGUUGCCGAUCGGCGGCGCCGGCACCGAGGUCACCGACUUCGCCGAGACCUUGGAUCUGAGUCAGGAAGAUAUCCAACGGACGUUGUCGGCGAACAUGGUGCCGCCGUCACCGUCCCCUUCCCCGGCGGACAACAGCAUGAUCAAUCCGAUGGACUUCAUCGACUCGUCGGACGACGUGCUGGUCAAUCUGGACGCCUUCGACGUGUUCGGCGACCUGCCGGAGCUCCACGACUUCGAGGCCGAGCAGACCAAGGCUGAGGAGAGGGGUGGCUCCGACAACGAUGUGGGAUGUCAUCCGGGUACAACCGUCCAUAUUGCAGAGUAUAGCCCGGAGUGGAGCUACACCGAGGGUGGUGUCAAGGUGUUGGUGGCAGGUCCCUGGACCGGCGGCAGCAACUCUCAAUCGUACUCGGUGUUGUUCGACACGGAGCCGGUCGAGGCCUGUCUGGUUCAGCCGGGUGUGCUGCGCUGCCGCUGUCCUGCUCAUGCUCCGGGGAUAGCGUCCCUUCAGGUAGCCUGCGACGGCUACGUUGUCUCCGACAGCGUCGCCUUCGAGUACCGAAGGGCGCCCACGACAGAACCAAGUCCGGAGAGAGCUUUGCUGGAUCGUCUGGCAGACGUCGAGUCUCGUUUGCAAGGACCUGGUCCACCAUCCCCUGCAGCUCAUCUGGAAGAGCGACUUGUCGCGUAUUGUCAGGAUGCUGUUGUCCGUCCGUGGCGAGCCGGAGCGGAACCGUUACAAUCCGGCGGCCCUACACUGUUGCAUUUGGCCGCCGGGUUGGGCUACUCCAGGUUAGCCUGCGCGCUCCUUCACUGGAGAGCGGAAAAUCCUAGUAGCGUAUUAGAUGCUGAAGUUGAUGCCCUGAGGCAGGACAGCGCCGGUCUCACGCCGCUUGCUUGGGCCUGUGCGGCGGGACACGCGGAUACUGCCAGGAUACUUUAUAGAUGGAACGCGAUGGCGCUUCGUGUGCGGGAUUGCCAGAACAGAACAGCGACGGAGCUGGCGGCCGAGAACGGUCACACGGCGAUCACGGAAGAAUUGAAUCGACUCGAAGCGAGGAGGCAAGACGAGAGGCUAUUCUUGCGGCCCGCCAGCCCUAGUCCUAGGAGGCCAUCUCAAGACAGCGGUCUCGAUCUGACGUUGUGGGAGGAAGACGCGAGGGUGCUGACAUUGGCCGAGCAAAUUAUAGCUGCGCUGCCGGAGAGGAUCAAGAGAGCGGAAGGUGAUUCUCCGUCUUCUUCCUCGCCGCCUCCCCCGGCACCGCCCUUGUCGCCACUCGAGGACGCUCUGAUGGAACAAAUGCCGCUGGACUCCGGGGAGUUGUUCGACUCGUACCGCGACUGCAGCGGAGGUGCAGCAUCGGUGUCGGACGCUGACGCGGAUGCGAGUCCCUCGAGUCCAUCGAGCAGCUGCUUGACACCGGACUCGCCGUCCCCGCCGCCUACCACCGCCGACUUUUGCGAGUUCCUGCAGCUGCAAUUGCAGUUGGACAGCGGGAACGGCCGGAACGGUCAAUACUACGGAGCCGGGGGUGACCGGAAGUUCGGUAACGUGAUCGGCUCCGGGAUUUGCGGGUCGGUGACCGGCGGCGGUAACGGGACCGGGGACGGUAGCGAGGCUGACCUUAGCAGGCUGACAUUGUCCGACUGCGAGCAAAGGGAGCUCUACCACGCGGCCCGCAUGAUCCAGAAAGCCUACAGAAAUUACAAGGGACGACAGAGGCAGGAGGAGGCCGAGAGACACGCCGCCGUUCUCAUCCAGCAAUAUUAUCGUCGACAUAAACAGUACGCUUAUCAUAGACAAGCCACGAAGGCUGCUCUGGUGAUACAAAGCAACUACCGUAAUUAUCGGUCCCGGCCUGGCUCGGCGAGCUCCCGCCAGCAAGCGGUCCACCAGCAGGCGGCCCAUCAGGCGGCGAGGAAGAUCCAGCAGUUCAUGCGACAGUCGAAAAUCAAGCUGCAGAACGCCAGGGCCGCCGCAAACGGGAACGGGAGGCAGCCAACGGGCAUUUUACGGGGGGUUGCUGUCCCCCAAAGCUCGCCCUCAUCUAGCCCAGGGGCCAGCCUAGUAGCCGCCAACCCAGAGGUCACUUAAUCGACUGUCGGCUGUCGACGGCCGCGCAGAAUGCCGAUGAGCUUACCGAGGCGAAACAAUAGAGCCUAGAAGAUCCGCAUUGAUCGGUCGCCGGUGGGGGACGGCUCUCUCUCUCUCUCUCUCUCUCUCCCCCCCCCUCUCGAGGAACUCGGCGGCAACGCGAGCGUCGCGGGGCUCUCGACCAUCCCCCGCAACACGAUCCGGAGGACCUUGGAUCUACCGACGAAGCCGGCAAACGCUUUGCUCUCUACGAUCCUCCGCACGAAUAUCCCCCUCAACCCCCCUCCCACAGAUAUCAUCCACUCGGUUUAAUACACACACUCGUACCUGCCUCUUCGAUCCAGCUCGAUCUGUCCAACCGCUCUCACACCUCUGUUCCACGAGGCUCCGGCCCAGUCCUUCCUCGUCUUCGUCUUGGUCUUCGACUUCGUUUCGACGUCUACCUAUCCACUCUAACGCUCCGCAUUUCUUUGCCCAGACGGUCUCAGACAAGGUAGGUGGUAGACGCGACACACGGCGAACGAGUUCGCCGACCUGCUCGCGCUUCGCUCACCGGAUUCGGUCUUCUUUCUUCUGUACGAGUCGCUGGACUUUGGAUCGUUCUACAUGUUCAUCGUAAGUUGUUUUCGUGGUAAAAGGGGCAUUCUUUGGCGUGUUACGUGCGCGAGGAAGAAUUUGCACGGCUACGUUGAUUUGCGAACGUCGAGAAGAGAUCGCGAUCGAAAUGCAGUGGAAUGCGACGGUGUUAAAUGAUUUAUGUCGGAGAUCUUUAUGACGAGUCUGACACGGUGUUAAAUAUAAAUUACACCUGAUUUAGUUAUAUAUUUAA